AUGGCGACUCCAUCACGACAAGUGAGUCCACACGCGAACGGAGUCUCUCCCCGAGCCUACGCUGCUCAGAAUACCCGGCCGCAGAACACCUUCCGCGGCUGCUCGCGAAUCACCGAUUAUGAAGUGCUGGGAAAACUAGGCGAGGGUACAUUUGGAGAAGUUCAUCGAGCCAGGUCGAAGAAGACGGGUGCAAUAGUCGCCUUGAAGAAGAUAUUGAUGCACAACGAGAAGGAUGGGUUUCCAAUCACGGCUUUAAGAGAGAUCAAGCUUCUCAAAUUGCUGUCGCAUCCGAAUAUUCUGAAGCUGGAAGAGAUGGCUGUAGAGAGUCAUCAGAAGAGCACGGAUAAGAGGAAGCGCGCAAUCAUGUAUAUGGUCACCCCAUAUAUGGAUCAUGAUCUUUCGGGCCUCCUCGAGAACCCUGCGAUCAAGUUCACAGAACCUCAAAUCAAAUGCUAUAUGUUGCAGUUAUUGGAAGGUCUUCGAUAUUUGCACGACAACCGAAUACUACAUCGGGAUAUGAAGGCUGCCAACCUCUUGAUCAACAAUAAGGGAAUUCUACAGAUCGCUGAUUUUGGUUUGGCACGACACUAUGAUGAACCUGUUCCAGUAGCUGGACAUGGGGGAGGAGAGGCUCGUAGAGAUUACACCACGCUUGUAGUCACUCGGUGGUAUAGGCCCCCCGAGCUGCUCUUGCAUUUGAGAAAGUAUACAACUGCGAUUGAUUUAUGGGGUGUUGGCUGUGUUUUCGGAGAAAUGCUCAUCGGCAAACCCAUCCUGGCAGGAGAGAGUGAUCAAAACCAGCUCAAGAUUAUUUUUGAUUUGGUUGGAACCCCGACAGAAGAAAAUAUGCCAGGUUGGAGAUCAUUGCCUGGUGCGGAGGGUCUGAAUAUACCGCCACGACCACCCAGCUUAUCACAGCGCUUUCGACAGUUCGGUUCAGGGGCUAUCUCUUUACUGAGUGAGUUACUCAAGCUCGAUUGGAGAAAACGCAUCAAUGCUAUCGAUGCCUUACAACAUCCGUACUUCCGCGACAGCCCAUUACCGGCAAAGGCCGGCGAUUUACCAACAUUCGAAGAGUCCCAUGAAUUAGACCGCCGAAAGUUUAGAGGCCAGAAAGCUGCUCCUCCUCCAGCACCUAAAGGGGGGACCGUGGGCAUGGGCCCGAACGGUGGCCAAGGCGGUUGGGGAGGCGAAGCUGGUGGAGGUGGAAACCCGGGAUAUGGAAACGACAACUACGGCGGAUACCGACCUCAUCAGAACGGCAGCCGCUAUCCUCACGCCGGCCACCGAGGCAUACCACCUUCUGAAGGACGUAGACCAGCAUGGCAACGAGAUGAUAGACCAGAUACUAGGCUGCCUCCAAGACCGCCCCCGGUUGCUGGCGACCAGCUUGCUUACGAUGGGGGCAGAUCUGACGGGCGUGAUGGGUACCGAUCUCGAUCUCGGGAUCUAGAUCGUGAACGUGCUCUCCCAAGAAGCAGAGGUGGCGCACCCAAUGUCGACACAUACAUACCAAGUUAUGGACCCGACAGUAGCCGACCGCCAAGAGAAGAUCGCUCGAGGGAUGACCGUCGGCGACGAGAUGAUAGAGAUAGAGAUAGGCUGGACUAUGAUGACCGCAGUAGGAGCGGGCGAACUCGUAGUCGCAGUCGAAGUCCAACGCGAGAGCGCGAUAGGGAGAGGGCUCGCGAACGAGAGCCGUUGGAUAGGGAUAGGGAGCGGGAAAUUUAUCGCAGGUGA